AUGGCCGACCAGAAGGCAAACGUCGUCGUGCAGACCGCUGUCCCCGAGGUACGCGUGACGAUCACUCGCCCGCCAUUCAAUCCAGUCCCCGCCGUGCGCAAGCAUCUGCCCAACGCCGGAACCCCGCGCGCAAACCGCGCCCCCACCACAUCCGCCCCAGACGGCAGCCCCGAGUGGACAGAGGAGCACGCGCACCAGACCGUGCUCCAGCAGCACUGCGCCUUCUUCGACGCGGACGGCGACGGCGUCAUCUGGCCGCUCGACACCUUCCGCGGCUUCCACGCGCUCGGCUUCGGCGUGCUCCUCAGCGCGCUCGCCGUGCUCGUCAUCCACCUCAACUUCUCGUACCCGACGUGCCCGGGGCUGCUGCCGGACCCGUUCUUCCGUCUGUUUUUGGACAACGUGCACCGGGCGAAGCACGGGAGCGACUCGGGCACGUAUGAUGGCGAGGGCCGGUUCGUGCCGCAGAAGUUCGAGGACUUCUUCAACAAGUACAGUAACGGGAAGGAUGGUCUGACCCUCUCGGACCUGUGGGAGGCGCUGAAGGGGCAGCGCGUAAUCAUGGACCCCAUUGGAUGGUUUGGCGCGUUCUUUGAGUGGAUUGCCACGUAUAUUUUGUUGUGGCCGGAGGACGGCGUCAUGAAGAGGGAGGACGUUCGGAGGGUGUUCGACGGAAGCAUCUUCGCCGAAAUCGCGUCAAAACGCGCGGGGAAAGCUGCGAAGAGCAAGGCUGCAUGA